AAGGACAGACCGCGCACUGGGACUUGUCUCUCGGCCGGUUUCCGACUCCCAGCGGCCGUUUCAGUGAAUCUAUAGUUCAGUGCGUUUUACGUUCUACUCCGAAUGCAGCAGCAUCAAUCGCAGUGCGAGGAGCAACGCUGCAACAGGUUGUUGCAAUGAAAACAUAGGUGCUUCGACAACGUCGUGGAACGAGGAGCUCAAUAUCCAUCGCAGAAAUAUUUUGAGUGUUGAUGCGAGGAGAUAAAGGUAAACAAAUGAAAAUGAGCGAUACAACCGAGAAUAACAAAUACAAAUGGACUCCGGAGAGCACAACUCUCCUUGUUUCUGUCUGGACGGACAGACAGGUACAAAAACAACUCGAGUAUGCAGUGAAGCCCCAGCUAAUAUGGGAAAGUAUCGCCAAGUACAUGAGAAAAAAAGGGUACGGAGUUACGGCUCGACAAUGCAGGUCCAGAAUGAAGCAGGUGUUGGUUUGUUAUCGGGAGGCGAAGAAAACUGGAACCCGAGCUGGGGUUGAGCGGUAUUAUGAGUCCAUCGAUAAGGUUUUGGAGAACAAACGGCUGACCAAGGGGGAGACUGAUGCGGAGAGGGAAGCUGAGACGGAUGCUGGGGGUGUGGACACUGUAGACUCCGGCCAAUUUCUGCUGAAAUCCCCCGAGAAAGAGAUAAAGACUCACGCAAAUUUCCUGAUGCGCCGAAACAAAUUGGAGGAGCCUCCAGAGCCCCUGGUCCGCCAGAUCGAGAUUGACCCGGGCCCUUGGAGCUACCUCCCCCACGACUACUACGCCGACUCAUCCGAGUCCAACGAGACCGUGCUGGCACGUCCCCACCGCUCCCUAUCCCCGACAGUUCUCGACCCCCGCAUAAACCUCGUGCCAAAAGCCCUCCGCUCCAACAUGGGCAAAGUCCUCCGGAGAUCUCUCCCCGAGGAUCACUACCGCUACAACACCCUCGAGGCGAACCGCUUCUCCGAAAUGCCCCUGAAAAACACCGCCCAAAACGUCCAGAACCAGAUAAUUCAGGAGAACAUGCUGCUGAAGAAUCAACUGUGCGAAAAUUACAUGAGCAAUCAAGGACUGCAGCAGCCCCCGAACGGGCCUCAGUCCAUGGACUACUGCCUCAACAUGGGAAACAUCCCCCAGCCGCCGAGAAAUCACCCCCAAGACAACAUCCUGUACUACCCCACCAGGCACUCGACCAACCUCGCCAGGAUCCAGAGUCAGCUCCAGCAGUGCGCCCUGACAGAGCGACUGGACAACCCCCAGCAAGCAAAAAGCUUCGUCCCCCUGGCCCCAAAGAACUCGGAGAACAUCAACUACAAAAUUCCCCUGCGUCCCCAGACAAGUUGUCACCCCGACAUCGCCCCCAACCUGAACGAAGCCUUCUACCAGGCGAAAAUAUCCCAGCAGACGAAGGCCCACAACUUGAACGAGACGUACGACCAGGACACCGACAUGUUCCCAGUCAACACAACGAUGAUAACGAACAACGCGACAUUCAACGACGACACCCUGUCCAUAGAAUUCAUCCAGGACUCGCCCAGUCCAUCUGAGAAUGGCCUCGUGGGCUCCAAGAAUGACUCCCCGAAUCCUCCGCACGCCCCAUUCAGGAAGAAAAAGGCGCAGAAGUUGGAGCAGCUGAUGCUGAGCGCCAUCACUUCACAGACAGAAGUGGUUAAUAAAAUCCUAGCAGCGCAGGAUUCGAUGGUCGCUCGGAUCCUGGACAGGGAUCAGACACGUCAGGAUAGACUUGAGAACCGUCUCGAUCAGCUGAUGAACGUGGUGCAUGCGACAGUGCUGAACAAGAGUGGAUCAGGCAUUGAGAAAUCUGGGGAUAACACUCCACCAAACGUCAUCACCUCGGUUCCCCUGUGCUUCUCCCCCCCACCUAAACCAGGAACAGUCCCUCCGAAGUUGGAUCUGGUGCCACCGAAGCCCUGCAGAGUCCCCUGCACCAGCCCCUCCUCGAACAUUGAAGUAAUAACCCAGAACUCAGUGACAACGAGACCUGGGGUGAUUAGACCAUGCAAACCAGGGACGAUCUGGUCGAAGCUGGGGCCAGUGUCAGCCUCUCCGUUCGUCCAGGCUCAGAAGGAGAUGAACACAGCAGCAGGAGUGCCACCUGGAGUCGCCAACGAGUGGAAAACUAAAUCGUCAGCUGAGAGGAGAAUUGAACUCGGUUCUGCCAGAAUUUUUCAGGGCAAAGUGGCGAUGGAGGAGACUCAGAGGUUUCUGCAGGCUGAGAAGCUCAUGGAGGAGAGGAUUGAGAAUGCUCGACAGAUUUUCUUCGGUGACGAUAAUAAAAAGCCGGAUACUCAGCCUGCUCGACGAAAGCUGUUCAAUCUCGCUAAAGAGGAGAAUAAAGAAAAGAGGGAGAUCAAGUGUCCAUCAGCUGCCAGGAUUCUAACGUCCAACUUCCUCGAUAUUGAAAGACAGGCUGAGGAGCGGUCUCGUUACUUUCCAAUCUUCAAGUAUAAGAAUGAAGUGGGUGAUGAGCUUCUGAGUGGUCACGGUGAGGGUUACGAACGCCUGAGGAAUCUCGAUGAGGCGUUGGGUCUCAAUACCUCAACACCAGCGAAGGUGGAGACGAAGCAGAGGAGUAAGGACUUGGAUUUUGACGAUGUGGUCCCAAAGCAGACGAUUCAGCAGCUGGCACAGCUGGUGAUGCAGAGCGCUCGGUGGAAGCAGGCAGCCUCUCGAGUGGAGCCAAUUUCGUCAGCACCUCCAGCCCCUCCAUUGCCUUCUGCACUUUACGAAAAUUAUGCUCAACGUCAGGGCUACAACAAAGCUCGGGAUUGGCUGGAGGAUCGGUAUACUUAUGGGAUUGAGAAGCAGAAUUACGAGCCUCAGAAGGUGGGGCCUAAGAAGUAUCCCGUAGGAUUUGUUAAUCCUAGGAAUUAUCCGGAGAACGAGAAUGAGGAGUUGAUGCGUGAGAGACAGGGGUUUAAGUCGAUUGGGUUCAAUGGCCAGGUUAUGCCGUUAAAUCGACGUGGAGGUGAUGACGAUUUUUUGGAGAAGGAGAGGAUGAUCGAGGCCAGGCAGAGGUACUCAAAGGGGAAUUAUGUCGUCUCCAGGAAACGUGAGCCGAGUGGUAAAUACGGUCCUGAUGGGGCGGGGCUGGGGGAGGCGGGGAAGAAUACUCGGGGGGAGUCUGAUGUCGAGGACAACGAUGAGUAUCUGGACACAACGACGACGUUGAAGCCUUAUCGAAAAACUUCGCUGACUUCCAAUGGGACUUCUGGAACUGGGACUGGUAAAAAUGCAGCUGGGUGUGCCAUAUCAUAAUUUUUUCUUCCUGUUUUUGAUUUUUUACGUUAUUGAGGGGUCAGGAAUGCAAUAGGGAACUUGCAUGAAUUUUUUGAAUUCUCUGAUGUCAAGUUUGGGACCUGAAUAAUUCAUUUUUCACUCGCAACGUUUGAAAUAUUGCUGAUUAAUUAAUAAUUAAUUGGUACAAAUUGAAGUUUUCAAGGAAAGAAUGAACUUCGUGCAAAUUCCCCUGUGAUUUCAGUGGUAAAGUGAUAGGAGGAAAUGAGAGCUUAAAAACAUGACAUGGAAAUUUUUGUAGAGAACUUUAUGGACUACAAAAAUAACUUCUGACAUUUUACAGAAUAAUGUAGACGAAGAUGAUGUUUUCACACUUCGUUACUUGUCUUCCAAGAGAGAGAAAUUUAUGAGAUUUAUUAAAGUCAACUGUGAUUGACUUUUUGUUGUCAGUUCUACUUAUCCUUUAUGUUAAAACUUGAUGGGAGAUAAUAGUUGCAUCUUUAUUUUUUAUUCAUUUCAGUUGGAUCUGAUGAAAUUUGUACGUUUUUUUUUCUUUUUCUCACAAUAUGAUGGCAAUAUGUGCUAAUUUCGUUGUUAGGUUUACAGAUUUCGUUAUAAAACGAUGAAGCGAAAUAAAUUGACUUGAGUUUGAGAAGAUUCUUUGGGGAAUGUCUCGGGAUUCGGUGGAAGCAUUACAAUUUUCAUUAUCAUAAUUUUUUUAAAAAAGUGCUUGUGACGAGUGGUCUAUAUCCCUCACACUCAAUGAUAUUUAUCAAAAAAUCGUAAACUCUGGAGUUCAAUCAAAUUAUCUCGACAUACGACUUCACAACUGGAUUAUAAAAAUUAAGUUUCAUAGCUUGGGUCGGCAAUACGUGCCGUGAAAAUAAUUGCAUCCUGUGUAGCAAUGAGUAAUACAAACGGAUGAUCAACGCUGAA